UAUGUUAUGAAAUCCCAUGUGUUAUGUACUCCAUAUUACUUGAUGCAUUUCAUUUUUUUUUCCAGGCCAAGAGCUUACGAAUUGAAGAAGAACUAUCGAAGAGCAUCCUCGAAUACAUCAGGAGAGGAGCCAGUCACCUGCUCAUCAACAUCCACCACAGUCACGAUGGACACUACCAAGAUAAGAAUGGACUGACGCCUGUACACUGGGCCGUUACGCUCAGGGAAGCCCGCACGGUGGAGGUGCUCCUGGACGUUCACAAGCUCUAUCCAGAAUCUCUGUCCUAUUCGGGAGAGACACCUGCUGAUCUCGCGCGACAGGCCGGGAAUAAUGAGGUUUUGAAUAUUAUGAAGCGGUUUCAGGUUAUCAAGAAGGUGGAGGACCCUGAGGAACUGUACGAGGAGCUCUUGACAGUCAUUGGUUCUGGGGAUGACGUGGUGAAAGCUUCCGAGCUGCUGUGCCAAGGUGCCCCUCUGGAGCCUGUGGGUAGUCUCUCCACUCACGCCCUGUCCCUCGCUGUGACAUCCAACCGUCGCAAGCUGGUGAGCCUUCUCAUUGCUGCCGGGCUCCUCUCACCUCCAUGGCUGGGGGCCUGACUCUCCUGCAGCAGGCUUGGAACUCUCCUGAUGUCACAAUCCGAGUACAAGCUCUCAUCACGAGGGCCUACAAGAACAGGUUGGCUUGGGAGAAGCGGCAGCUCCCGCCUCGUGAAAGCCUUCUCCACCAGGGUAUAGACCGCAUGCUGGACACUCUAGGCCCA